AUGAAAAGCUCUCAUUUUGGACUUCUUUUCCUUUCUAUUUUAAUUAUUUUUGGUGGCUUCUCAGCACUUUUGUGGUUCUUGCCAUUAUCUUCUCUUCCAUUAUAUGACAAAACUUUUAAUAAAGAAUGUGCUCGUCAUCAAGUAAAAAUACCCCUUGUUUUGGUCAUUAUAGCAUGUGCAUCGGCCGUUCUUUGUGCUUCUCUUAAUUUUGUGUUUGUUGUUGGGAUAUAUUUGGCAUGCCGGAAGCAGAUCAGCUCCUUAUUGGAUUUAAUCAAACAACACUUGUUUGAGUUGAUGGAUAUGCUUCUUCGAUUAUUGAUGCCAACAAAACUUUUAAAAAUUGUUUCUAAGGAUGGGAAGAAAUAA